AAUAAAUUCACGCGUAACAUAUAUACAGUAAAAUAUUAUAAAUAGUGGAAAUCAAAAUUAUAAUAAUAAUAAAAUUUUAAUAAUUAUUUUUUAUUUAAUACAAAAUUUUUUUUUAAAUAUUAAAUAACCAAAAUUUAGUUUUAUAUUAGUUAUCUAUAUUUUAAUUUAUCACCAUUUAUUUAUUUAUUUAUUUAUUUAUUUAUUUAUUUAUUUAUUUCUUUACUUUAAAAUCAUAUUAAAAAAAAAAUAUAUUAAUUAUUUUUUAUUUUUUUAAAAAAAUAAAAGAAAAUUUAGUUUAAAAAUUUCUUUUAUUUAUUUUUAAUAAAUAGAUAAAUUAUAUAUAUACAGAAAAAAAUUAAUAAAAUGAACAUUAAAUCGUUAAGGAAAAAAAAUAUACAAAACCUCGACCAGGAGGAGGUAUAUGGUAAAAUAAAAGAAAAUGUAUCACAUAUGGAUGAAAUUCAAAAGAAUUUAGAGAAACAACAACAAACUUUUUUUCAAAUGGCACAACAAUCUAAACAAAUUUCAGAAAGUAUGAAAAAGUAUUCAAUGGAUUCAGCAUAUUAUAAUAGUCGUAUACCAAUUUCAGAUUGUUUACAAAAGGCAUCAGAAUGGCAAAGUACAGUUGGUGAAGUUUUUAAUCAUUUAGGUAAUCUUUUAUAUGAUCGUACAACACAACCAUUAAAGGAGACAAUUAGAAUUCAAUUAGAAAUGGUCAAGGAUGGCAAAAAGAGAUUAAAGAAUUUAUCAACCGAAUCAAGAUCCUCCACCAAUUUAAAAAAAGAUACAGAAAAUUAUGAUCGUGCCUGCAAAGAAACUGUUCAACUUUAUAAUGAUUCUGAAUUGGCUUUAGAGAAUUCAACUGUACAAACUGUAUUAUCUUCAUUUGAAUCAUAUAUUGACUUUUUCUCAAAAGGUUCUUUCCAAAUGGCAAAAAUUAAAACCGAUAUUGAUAAUUAUAAAAAAGUCAUUUUAGAAACUAAUAAAGCGGCAGCUAAACUAAGAAAUUAUGUACCAAAAAAAACAUUUGGAGUUAAAUUAGAAGAAGUAUUUGGUAGAGAGGGCAAUAGGGUCUUACCAUUGUUUUUGGAUGAAAUUUUUAAAUAUUUAGAGAAGGAAUCAAUUAAAGUCGAAGGUAUAUUUAGAGUACCUGCAGGUAGAUCAUCAGUAGAAGCUUUUCAACAAAAGAUCGAGUCAGGAGUUCCAUUGGAGUUAAGUAGUACUGUUAUUAGUGAUCCUCACGUAGUUUCAUCAGUUUUGAAACUUUUCCUUAGAUCGUUGCCAGAACCAAUAAUUCAUCACAGUAUUUAUUCAAAAUAUUUACCACUUUCAAAACAACCAGUAACUCAACACAUUGUAGAAUUAAAACGUCUUGUAUCAUCCUUACCAGUUUGUAAUCAAACCCUUUUAAAAAAUGUAUUAAAUAUUUGUAGUGUAGUAAACCAACAUAAAGAUGUCACUAAAAUGGAUUUAAAUAAUUUAUCAGUCGUUAUUGGUCCAAGUAUCUUAGAAAGUAUACCCAAUCUUAAAGCUGAGGAUCUCCAAAAACCAGAAACUUUUGCAGAAUUCAAUGCUUUGUUCUCAUUAAUGGUUGAAAACUGUACCAAUAUCUUCCCACAAACUAGUGUACCAUCUGAUUUAAAUACUAUUGGAAGAGCUAGAGCUCAAACUGAAGUUUCAGCAAGUAAAUUAUCAUCACCAACAUCACCAACAUCACCAGCUAUUAAUAAACCAUUUUCAGAAUCACCACUAAAACCAACAUCAACUUUGAAUUCAUCAGAUUUUGUUAUUGUUGAAAAAUCACCAACUCAGUUAUCAGAAAACCACUCAACAAAUACAGGAGGCACAAGCAGUAAUUUACCAUCAUCACCAUCACAACCAGCUUCGACCAAUAAUAGCGGUGCUGGUGUAGGUGGUACUGGUAAUGCAACACCACUUUCAUCCCAAUCAACUCCACCAUCUUCCUCCAAUAAUAAACGAUCCAAUAAUAAAUCAAACUUCAAACUCGAUGAUUAUCUCACACCAAUUGAUAUGCAAAUUUAUUAUACAAAUAUUUCAUGUAAUUUAGGUAGAUUGAAAUCAAAUGUCGAUGAAAUAGAAUCAGUAAAUGAAGGUAUUGAAUUAAUUAAAAUUUUUAAAAAGAUUUCAGAUGAACAUACAACUUCAAUUAAAAAUUUAUUAAAUUAUAGUUUUGUUAGAGAUAAACCCGCAGUUGGAAAUGAUGAAGAUAGGGUUACUAGAAUUAAAAAAACAUUAUUAUACACAUACGAUAUAACUAUGGAUUUAAUUUCAGAAGCAAAUAAAACCUUUGAAUCUUCAAGUAUAGAGGAACCAACUGAUAUCUCAAAGAAAUUAGAAGAGUCAUUCAAACAAUUGGACGAGUUUUUAAUUGUAGAGUUAGCACAAAAAGAAAAAGAUAUUGAAAAGAUAAAAGAAAAAGAAAAGGAAAGAAAUAAUAGUAUUAAUAGUGAUAAACAAGAUACAAGCAGUAACAAUAGCGGUGGUGAUAGUCCUUUAAAUACUUCCUUAGGUCAACUUACUCAUUAAAAUAAUAUUAAUAAUUAUAAUUUAAUAGAUCAAUAUUAUUAAAAAAACAAACAAAAAAAAAAAAAACAAAAUAAAAAUUUAAAUUUAAACCAUUAUUAAUGGUUGUAAUAUAUUUAAUUAUUAUAAU